AAAAUGCCUGGUGUUGUCCCUAGUGAAAUCAAUGGGCUUACAAGAGGUAGUCCAUCAAAGAAAAACCGACUUUCCUUGAAGUUCUUUCAGAAAAAGGAAACGAAGAGAGCCCUGGAGUUCACUGAUUCUCAAGAAAAUGAAGAAAAGGCUUCGGAAUAUAGAGGGUCUGAAAUGUCUACAUCAACUCCCUAUAUUGCAAAUAGUGAUCAGGUUGUUCCUGCGGCACAAUCCUCACCUCUAAACUGUGAGAAGAGAGAAAAUUUGUUGCCAUUUGUGGGACUGAAUAAUCUCGGCAAUACUUGUUAUCUUAAUAGUAUACUUCAGGUGUUAUAUUUUUGUCCCGGUUUUAAGUCUGGAGUGAAGCACUUAUUUAAUAUUAUCUCAAGGAAGAAAGAUGCCCUAAAAGAUGAAGCCAAUCAUCUUGAGAUGAGAGAGAAGGGAAACUGCAAAGGAGAUUCUUUGGCAAGUUAUGAGUUGAUUUGCAGUUUACAGUCCUUGAUCAUUUCAGUUGAACAGCUUCAGGCUAGUUUCCUUUUAAAUCCAGAUAAGUACACUGAUGAGCUUGCUACUCAGCCAAGACGACUGCUUAAUACACUCAGGGAACUCAACCCUAUGUAUGAAGGAUAUUUACAGCAUGAUGCACAGGAAGUAUUACAGUGUAUUUUGGGGAACAUUCAAGAGACAUGCCAACUCCUAAGAAAAGAAGAAGUAAAAAUGGCAGAAAUAUCUACCAAAGUGGAAGAAAAACCACAUCAGAAAGAGGAAUUAAGUGAUAUGAAAAGUCUAGAGAUGGACAUUGUGAGACAUCCUGAAGACUAUAAAGAAAAACUUCCAAAAGGAAAUGGAAAAAGAAAAAGUGAUAGUGAAUUUGGUAACAUAAAGAAAAAACUUAAAGUAUCCAAGGAAUACCAAUCAUUGGAAGAAAACCAGAGACAAACCAGAUCUAAAAGAAAAGCUACAGGGGAUGUGUUAGAGAUUCCUCCUAAAAUAACCCCCAAGUACAUUUCUGAAAAUGAGAGUUCAAGAACUUCACAAAAGAAAUCAAGAGUUAAAAUAAACUGGUUAAAGUCUGCAACUAAGCAACCAAGCAUUCUUUCUAAAUUCUGCAGUCUGGGAAAAAUAAACCAAGGAUCCAAAGGACAGUCUAAGGACAACGAGGAUGAUCUUGAUGAAGAGGACCAGGGCAAAUGUGAAAAUGAUAACACAACUAAUGGUUGUGGACUUGAAUCUCCAGGGAAUAAUGUUAAACCCGAUAACAAUAAUGAAGUUAAGCCCACAAACAAAGAGCAAAUUGGUUUUGAAUUAGUAGAAAAAUUAUUUCAAGGUCAGCUGGUAUUAAGGACUCGUUGCUUAGAAUGCGAAAGUUUAACAGAAAGAAGAGAAGAUUUUCAAGACAUCAGUGUACCAGUACAAGAAGAUGAGCUUUCUAAAGUAGAGGAGAGUUCUGAAAUUUCUCCAGAGCCAAAAACAGAAAUGAAAACUUUGAGGUGGGCAAUAUCACAGUUUGCUUCAGUGGAGAGGAUUGUGGGAGAAGAUAAAUAUUUCUGUGAAAAUUGCCAUCAUUAUACUGAAGCUGAACGAAGUCUUUUGUUUGACAAAAUGCCUGAAGUUAUAACUAUACAUUUGAAGUGCUUUGCAGCUAGUGGCUUGGAGUUUGAUUGCUAUGGUGGUGGACUUUCCAAGAUCAACACUCCUUUGCUGACCCCUCUUAAAUUGUCACUAGAAGAAUGGAGCACAAAGCCUACCAACGACAGUUAUGGGUUAUUUGCGGUUGUGAUGCACAGCGGCAUUACAAUUAGUAGUGGGCAUUACACUGCUUCCGUUAAAGUCACUGACCUGAAUAGUUUGGAACUAGAUAGGGGCAAUUUUGUGGUUGACCAGAUAUGUGAAAUAGGUAGGCCAGAACCGAUGAAUGAGGAGGAGGCAAGGGGUGUGGUGGAAAAUUAUGACGACGACGAAGUAUCGAUUAGACUUAGUGGAAAUACACAGCCAACUAAAGUCUUGAGUAAAAAAAAUGUAGAAGCUAUUGGACUUCUCGGAGGACAAAAGAGCAAAGCAGAUUAUGAGCUCUAUAAUAAAGCGUCUAAUCCUGAUAAAUUUGCCAGUACAGCCUUUGGUGAAAAUAGAAGUUGUGAGACUAACAAUACUAAUGGGAUGCACGAAUCUGAUAGAAGCAAGGAAUCCAUUGACCAAACAGGCAUUAACAUUAGUGGGUUGGAAAACAAGAUUUCUUAUGUGGUGCAAAGCUUAAAGGAGUACGAGGGGAAGUGGUUGCUCUUUGAUGAUUCUGAAGUGAAGGUUACUGAAGAAAAGGAAUUUUUAAAUUCUCUUUCCCCUUCUACAUCUCCUACAUCUACCCCUUACUUGUUAUUUUAUAAGAAAUUGUAGAGCAUGUUUUCCUUGUGUACAUAUUAAACAGAUCUGGACAAAGAAAGUUGAUCACAUCAGUCUAGCUUAUCUUUUGAAGCUAUUGGAUGUUUAUUGGUCUCUAGGUUUUUAUAUAGUGAAAUUUGAAUAACUGAAAACCAUGUUAAUUUUUAGAAAUCAUUUCCUUUAGUAGAGACUAGUGAUGCAUUAGCUUCUGGGAACAAACUUGUAUGAGUUCUUCAUUGAAAUCCAAAAAAAUUGGAAGCAUUUAAACACUUUCAAGUCUACACCUAUAUUUUGUUUGCUUUUUAAAAUAAAGUGCUUGUAUUUGUAUCUCCAUAUUUUGGAGUAA